UGCGUUUCAUAAUGUUGGAGUCGAGUUCAGACACUCCCACAGCUUUAUGGAUAUUUUACUCCUUCAUAUUCAGACAGUCUAGUUUAAAAAUAUGUUAUAUAGACCUGAACUCAGACUGAAGCUUUGAUAAAACAACUCAGAGUCUCAGCGUGUGCAUAGCUGGAGUACGAAAACAGAGCUCUCUCUAUUUCUGGACAUGUGCAGUAGAAGUCCCUUCAUACAAGUGAACAAACUACAGGCUUUCUGUAAUAUCUUACAUCGAUCCUUCUGCACAAAUGGCCACUAAUAGACAAAGUUUUAUUCCUCUCAGCACAAUCAGUCCUAAAUUUCUACAUUCUAAUUCCACAAGUCACACUUGGCCCUUUAGUGCCAUAGCUGAAUUAAUUGAUAAUGCAUAUGACCCGGAUGUUCACGCGAGACAGAUUUGGAUAGACUGGACACGCAUCAAAGGCCUAGACUGUCUCUCUUUUACAGAUAAUGGGGUGGGUUUGACCAGAGCUAAACUACAUAAGAUGCUCAGCUUUGGAUUCAGUGAGAAGAAAGCAGUUAGGGGUCACAUUCCAGUUGGAGUUUAUGGUAACGGGUUCAAAUCAGGUUCCAUGCGUCUGGGGAAAGAUGCAAUCGUUUUCACCAAGACCAGAGACACAAUGAGUGUGGGUCUUCUCUCCCAGUCUUACCUUGAAGCCAUCGGAGCCCAGCGAGUCAUGGUGCCCAUCAUCACGUUUAGACGUGACGGACAUAACCACGUGGAGGAUGGAGCCAGUCUGAGAGCGAUCCUCAAGCAUUCACUCUUUAGCUCGGAAAAAGAGCUGUUCACAGAGCUCCGAGCCAUCAGCGCCACCGGCCCCACAGGAACACGGAUCAUCAUAUGGAAUCUGCGCACGUCCACAAAUGGUGAUACCGAAUUUGACUUUGACACCGAUAAAUACGACAUACAGAUCAGAGCAAACUUCAUCAAUGGGAGGGGUAACAGCGGUCUCAUCAUGAUCCCGGAGAGUGAAUACUCAUUACGGGCAUACUGUAGCAUUUUAUACCUAAAGCCUCGCAUGCAAGUUAUUGUUCGUGGGCAGCGAGUUAAAACCCAACUGAUAUGCAAAAGUCUGGCUCUUAUCGCCCAAGACAACUACAGACCAUCAUUCCUUAACAAGCGAGUACGGAUCACCUUUGGCUACAACACCAGAAGCAAAGAGCAUUAUGGCAUUAUGAUGUACCAUAAGAACAGGCUAAUAAAACCAUAUGUGAAAGUGAGCUGCCAAAGUAAGACUGAAAGGAAAGGUGUGGGGGUCAUUGGCGUUAUUGAGUGUAAUUUUCUCCAACCCACUCACAAUAAGCAGGACUUUGAUGACACCGAUAAAUACAGGCGAACGAUGCACAAUCUCAGUAUUAAGUUGGAGGAGUACUGGAACGAAAUCCGCUACAAGCGAAAGAAAGAGGAUCCAAAGGGCACAGUUGCAAUAGAAGAUGUGUUGAAAGUUCCAGAUCAGGUGUGGGUUCAGUGUGACAGCUGCUUAAAGUGGAGAAGACUUCCAGAUGGCAUUCCUGCGCUGCCAGAAAAAUGGUUCUGCCACAUGAACCAUGACCCACAGUUCAGGAGCUGUUUAGUAGAAGAGGAACUAGAUGAUGAAGAGGAAGACCAGAAGCCGUACCCUAAACCAUUUAAACGCCAGCGGAGAAACACUGUCAGGAGUCUGUCUGAAGAGAAUGAACCAGAGAAAACACAGACUGAGGACCUUCAGGCAGAGCUAACAACCAGUCAUGCACAACUCACCCUGUCCAGACAGCCACCAGACUUUGGCCAAUCUGAGUCAAACCGAUCACUUGCGGACAGGUCACCACUGCCCCUCAUCAACCUGACCGCUAUCUCCAACACUCUUAGAAGAGCAAAACAACGGUCAUCUUCCAUUGAAACACAGACCGAGGUGUCGUCAAUCUCUUCUGCCCCCCUUCCAGGCCCACAACAAGAGCUCUCAUCUCAGGCACACCGCAGGCCUGCUUUGAAAGAGGAGAGAAAGAGUCAAUCCGACACACUUGUGAGCAAAGCUGAGAAUGGCAUGAUGAAAGGAUUCGAGUCGCAUCAGGGGCCUGCCGCUACGGAGGAGAUGUGCGAAGGAGAUGCAUCAUUCAGGACGGGAGAGGAAUAUAGCUCGGCUGUGGAGGAGAUAAUUGCAUCGCCUCUGAAAAAUGAGAAGAGAGGAGUAUUGCAUGACGAGAUGGAGGAGGAUGAGGAAUGGAGCUUGGCAGAGGCGCAACGGUGGCAAGAUGAGCCGAUGGAACUGAUGCAGAAGGCAGUGGAAGAAAGAGAUGCCUGUCGGGAGGAACUGGAAGUGCUUCGAGAGCACGGUGCCGCUCUAGAGGCUGAAAGGACUCAGCUCAUCAGCAGGCUGGAGAUGGCAGAAGCAGAAAAGCUCAGUCUUUCAGCCUUAUGUGAUCAGCUCAAGAGUGAACUAUCCAAGCUUGCGGUGGAAAAAGAUGAGCAAUCGACGCUGAAGAGACUGCGUGUAAACCUGAGCCGCCUGCUGAUGUCUUUCAUCCCCUCACUUCAUCUAGAAACUGUGGACUAUAACAGUGAUGUCAUCGAUCAGAUGCUCAUUCAGGUUCUAGAAAACAUUAAGUAGAAAAUUGUUGCUGAUCAUCAGAACAUUGAGAGUCAGGAUGGGAUAAAAGUGUUUUUUUUUAAGUUGAGAGAGAAGGCAGCUUUGCAACGAGUAGGCGGGGUUUCAGCACUUAAGUCCAAUUCAUAGUCGUGCGUAAGGUCUACACCGUAGGUUAUCCGUAGCCUUUGCGUAGCCUGACGUGCACCUCGCCAAAUUUUUAAGUGCGCUUCAGUUCUAUGCGGACCACAAGUGCUGUGAUUGGUCCACUAGAUAUAGAUAUUUCCAUUUGCAACGGUGAGAACAAAGAUGGGCCAAGUUGAGAAGUGAUUUAACUCAAACUGCAACAAAAGUUUCUAUUUAUUUACUUCCAUCACUGCUGGUCGUCUCAAAUCAUACACAACAAGCUGCUGUUUUUUCUUCGUUUGUGGGUUAACUUGCCAAGCUGCUUCUUCAUUGACGGUUGUGCUGCUACUGGGGGUUUCACGCGUGGAUACUGCCUACCAUUGGUCUGCAUGUGUGUUUGCAGGUCACGGACGCGGACGACGACGCAGAAGUAUAUAUGAAAAGCCGUAGGACAUACGCACAACUAUAACCAGCCCUUUACGGCGGACACGACCCCAGCACUUAAGAGAAUAGAAUGCUGCUUCUUUUACCCCAAAUUUCAUAACUUAUUUUAUUUACUUGGUGUUUUUUUGUCAUUCAAAUUUGGCUGGGUGGUUUAUAACACAUUUUUCUGAACUCAGAACACAUAUUUAAUAUCACUUUACACAGACAGACCGAUUUCCCACUGUUUCCUUUUGGUUUUAUAAUGCAGUGACAUUCAUACAUUUUUCUGUUUAAUUGUUGAAAUACAUUUUGGAGUUACGGUAUCUGUUAUUAGAGUGAAGUUUUAUUAUUGUUCUUGCUCCAAUUGUGAAAUGAUUAAAUUUUCUGAUCUCAAUGAUACAAUUUUAUUCAAUGACAUUGUCACUUGUAACAGUUUAGGAUUGAAGUGUUGAAUCACAAAACCAAACUUUAAUUUAACAUAGAAUAAUAAAGCACUCCAACGUAAUUUUGCAUGUAAUACUUGUCCUUUUGAUUAAACCUCUAUAUUAUUUUUUUUUAUCUUUCUGUGGUUAACACAUACUAGCCUACAUAUGAGGAGUUCAGAUGCAAACCCCUAAUUUUUUUUAAUCAGGCUCUUAUGUUUUGGUUCAGGAAUUCCACUUUAAAGGGGACAUAUCAUGAAAAUCUGACUUUUAAGUGCUAUAAUUGGAUCCCCAGUGCUUCUUUCAACCUUGAAAAUGUUUAAAUAACAUCCCAGUAACUUAGUUCUGGUAAACCAUUCUCUGCAAGCAUGUGAAAAAAUAAGUAAUUGAAAUUCGGCUCCUCUUGUGAUGUCAGAAG